AUGCCUUCCCGCCCGGGUAUUGAAGCAGAUGAUAGGCUGUACAUUGGUUCUACGCCCUUAGGCUUUUCCGUCGCUGACGUGAUUGACCUUCUCGCUGCCCCAGUGUGUCUGCUGUCGUGGGAAGCGACAUGUGCCGCCGUGCCAGCAAUCCAGCGACGCUGGAAGCAUGACGUUCUUGCCAAAUGCUCACCCUGUGUCCAUGGUACGCAGGAUAUCUGGUGCUAUACCGAUGGUUCCUUCACACCUCCUCAAGCUGGCUCGCCCAGCAAGCUUGGCUGGGCUUGCGUCUUUGUGCAGCCCAGUACGGGUAGAGUUAGAUGUGCAUGGGGUGCUGUCCCCCAGUACCUUGAGCCCAAUAUGCACGACGGGUCGGCACACAUUGCUGAGUGUUUUGCCUUGACCGCAGGGAGUCUCAUCUGCUCGGCUGCCUUACAUGGGGCUGCUGUACAUUUCCUGUCGGACUGCCAAGCUGCCUUGCAAGCCUUUGAUGGAAGUUCACAGGUACACCUUGGAGGUAUAGCUGAAGCCACCGGACAUGCUCACCAUUUGCGCAGUCACACGGGGCAUACCGACUCCUGUGCCUAUGUUCCAGGUCAUUCAGGCCACAUAGGGAAUGAGAUUGCCGACAUUCUCGCAAAGCAAGGAGCCAGACAUGACCGUGAGAGUGCAGGCCUUGACGUUUCUGCUGCGGAGCUCCGGGCCUGGCUUGGAAAAGGUGCCGGUCUUCUGCAUUGGGUAGGCGUCGUCUACCGUGCCUGCGGUGGCGAUGUUCGUAUGCCGCCAAUUAACUGUGCAGACCUAGGCGCCGAUUCACACCAUGCAGGGUUGAGCCAUGCAGAUGUCAUCCGCCCCUUUGUGCCUGUCGACAGUCUCCCUCAGGGACGUUCCGACGAACAUGUCGAGGUGCAAACGCCCCAACAAUUUGCCAUCUCCCUUCGGUGUGCUGCCUUCAACACUUUAUCACUCGCUGGAUCUGACAUUGCAUCCGCAGGUGCCGACAUAAGGCACGGUGGACGGCACUACACCCCGGGAAGAGCAGCUUUGUUAGCCGAACAACUUCACCAGCAGGGAGUUCAUGUUGCGUUUUUGCAGGAAGCUCGCUGCUCUGAAGGCAGCGGCCGUGCCGGAGAUUUCCUUCGGUUUGCCUCAGGGGCUGUCCGCGGACAAUGGGGCACCGAAGUCUGGAUCAAAAGCGGAUAUGUUUUCGGCAAGCCACUCACAGGUAGUAGCAGGGAAGGGUGCCUUACCGCGUCAUCAGCCACUUCUCUGCAUGCUGACCCGCGGCGACUCUUCAUCCGGGUCACCACUUCUAUUACGAACUUGCUCCUUGUUUCUCUGCAUGGACCACAUCGGGCCACUGAGAGCCGUGAAGUCCGACAGUGGUGGAGUGAAACAGCUGCGUUGCUUCGACACUUCAUUAAAAGCGACUUACUUAUAGUUGCUGGGGAUUUCAAUGCUGCCCUAGGCUCAGAAACCUCGGAAGCUAUUGGCUCCCAUGCGGCCGAGCCUGAAGACGAUGCAGGGGAGUGUGUGCGGCAACUUGCCCAAGACUUUGAUCUUUGGGCACCAUGCUCUUUUGCAGAUUGCCACACGGGAGCCACGCACACUUACCAUCAGAAGAAGUCCGGCAAAUUGUGUCGCCCGGAUUUUAUCCUGAUCCCCCGAGCUUGGGCCCAAGGCCAAGUACGUUCCUGGACAGAUCCGAGCAUUCAUGCUGCUCAUGUCAAUCAGGAUCAUGUGGCUACCGUCGUUGACACCUGGAUCACAUUGCAAGCUCGCUCCGGGAGCUCGUGUGCCCGCAGACGACGCAUUAGGGUUGCAGAUGUCGUUGCUCCUGAAAAUGCGGACCAAAUUCGGCACAUCCUCCUGAACACGCCUACGGUUCCGUGGGAUGUCUCGGCUCACGCCCACGCUGCUAUCAUCACAGAUCAUCUGCAGCGUGGCCUAGAGAAAAUCGCGGCACGUAGCCCCAGGCGGCCCCGACAGAGCUACAUGCAAGCUUCCACUUGGGAGCUUCAGCGUCUAGUCUCCAACAUUCGGCGAGCCGUCCAUCACCGACAGCACCUACUCGAGUGGCAUAGUGCUGCUGCUGCCUUUUGUGUGUGGAAAGACUCACACACCGAUUUUGUCCAGCUUUACCUUGACAACAAGUGGGUCAAGCAAGUGCGCUUUCUUCUAUUCGUCGGCAUCCAUCAUUUGGGGCUCGCCGGCCGAGCUCUUCGUGAGGCGUGCAGAACUGAUCGAGAUGCGUAUAUCAACAGUCUGGCCUUGCAGUUUGAUCAAGGUUCCUCCCGUGAAAUGUUCGCUGCCUUCCAUCGGCUGCUGGGACAUAAGAGGAAAAAACCAUUCCAACUUGAGCCCUUGCCAGGGCUGAAGCGAGAUGAUGGCACUGUCUGUACGGAUGCCCUCGAACUACGUGAACGUUGGAGAGUGCACUUCGGGGCACUCGAAGCCGGACAAACUUCGUCACUCCUAGGCAUAGCUGGCGAAGCACUUGAUGUGAAGGCUGCGCAGGUCCCGGCAUGGCCUCACCCUGAGCAUGCUGAUCUUAUCCCGACGGCUGCGAUGCUGCAGAGAACGCUUGCAGCAACCAAGGUCAACAAGGCACCAGGUUUUGACUCCUUGCCACCGGAGUUAUGCAAGCACUUCGCGUCUGAUCUUGCGGACGUAUUGCAUCCCUUGAUGCUCAAACAUGUUUGGCGUGGAUGCGAGCCUGUUGGAUGGAAAGGCGGCCGAGCAGGGUGUAGCGUAGUCUUUGGAGCUCACCUAGCUCGGAGCCUUGCGCGUAUAGCGCAUUUGCGUAAGAAAACCUGCUUUGUCGUUUUUGCCGACAUCGCGUCUGCGUUCUAUAGCGCUAUUACCCAGCUCAUAGCGUCGAAUGGAGCCGGCAUGACGGACCAGCUCUUCCAGCGCAUCACCCAGCAGCUGCAUCUGUCUUUAGACGAUGUUGAGGACAUUAAGUCGCAUCUGGCUGGCGAGUCAGCCCUGACAAAAGUUGGUGCUGCCGACUGGAUCGAGGCGGUUGCAGCCAAUAUGUCUGCCGGAAACUGGUUCAUCCUUAAGGACGAUGAUGUACCAAUCCGUACUUUCCGUGGCACUCGGCCAGGCUCUGCCUUCGCGGAUGUUCUGUUUGCCUUCCUGGUACCGCGUGUUUUGGCAUUCCGAGACUCCCUGAAAGAUGAUGGUAUGCAACGAUCUGCUGCGCCAGAGCUGCCCUGGGACGGCUGUUUUACCUUGCAAGGGUGUUCUGAGACUGACUGCCGCCAGCGUAUUGCAGUUAAGGAAGUAGUAUGGGCGGAUGACCUUGCCAUUCCGAGAUGGUGCGUCGGCGGACCAAGCACAGUCUGCGAUUGCCACUGA